ACUGAAAGCAGAAAAAGUUAACUUGCACAAACUUCACAUCUGCAGAGAGGAGAUAUUUUUAGGGGCAGGAAGCAACAAAAGCAACACAACACGAAAGAAGAGCACACGACAAACACCAGAUAUGAGCCUCCAGGUUUGCCACUGUGGCUGGUCCAAAGUGACGACCUACCAUGGUUUGAGAACUCACCAGGGGAAGAUGGGAUGCACGCCGAGGGGCGUGAAGGUUGAAGAGAGUCAACAGCUGUACACUUGGGGAAAACUGGGAUUUACAAGGGACCUCAUGCAGGAUGCCUCUAUAAAGACUGAUACAACAGACUACUAUUCAGGUUUGAGCGUCCAGGUUUGCCACUGUGGCUGGUCCAAAAUGACGACCUACCAUGGUUUGAGAACUCACCAGGGGAUGAUGGGAUGCACGCCGAAGGGAACGAGGAUCCGAGAAAGAGAACAGUACAACUGGAAGAAUCAGUAUGAAGAAGUGGAUCAAAGGAAAUAUCAGCCACCAAAGAGAGCCAUUGUGAAGAAAGAGCAUGUGCCAUCACCACCAUCGUGGCCAUUGCUACCAAGCACCAAAGUCCGCACCAACUCUGCAGCAGCCGCGAUCAAAGAGGAAUACAAACCACAUAUUGCAACUUCACAGCACUCGUUACAAACUGCCACAAAGUCACAUCGUCAAUUGCAAGAUUUCUCCAUUGACGUGCAGGCCAGGAGACACCCAACACCAACAUACCCUGAAACAGUAGUUCGACCUAAGGAUCAAAAAUUACCACAGAUGGCAGACAGUAGAGUGAUGGCAGAAAAUUGGAUCAGCCGUACCAACUCAGCCACAAUCAAGGAGGAGCCCGAAUCACCUUCAGCAAUUCCACAGCGGCCUUCCCAGAGAACCUCAAACCAAAAGUCAGGACGUCAGCCGCAGGAACUGUCCACUGGUGUGCAGGUGAAUAGUUCGAUCAGGGAAUAUCCAGUUAUUCCACCUCAAGUAACAGCAGCCCAGCCGAAGAAGAAAGACCAUAAGAAUCAAACAGUAUCACAGACAAGGGAGAGAGCUGAAUCUGAAUUACAGAAGAAAAUUCAGCUCAGAGAAGAAAAAAUGAGUGAAAUCAGAGAGUGGACGGAGAGAACCUGCGAGAGUGUCCCAGAUUCAACGAGCACCAACACCCAAGCAAAUUCUGCAGCAGCACAGACCGAAAAGAAGGAGGAUCCCAAAUCAUUGCAUGAAGCUGCAUGGUCUGAUUUCUCCACUGGCAUAAAGGUGAAGAGAGUGAAUAUGGAGUGUCCAACCACAUACCCAGCAACUGUAGUCCGACCUAAAGAAAAACACAGAGAGGAGCACACAUUAUUACAGAAUGUGCCAGUGUUACCAAGCAUCAACUCUGAAGAAGUAGUCAAAAUCAAGGAGGAGCCCAAAUCACCUUUUGCAACUCCACAAGACUCUCUCCAAAGAGCCACAAACUCAAAAGCAAGCCAUCAGCUGCAGGAAUUCGGCCCUGGUGUGCAGGUGAAUAGAUCUAGCGACACAGGUUCAACAACUCCACCUCUGGCAAGAGGAGGCCAGCCUAAGGAAAAAGACAGCAAGGAUCAAAUAUCACAGAAUUUGCCAGAUUCAACGAGUUCCACCACCCAAAUGAAUCCCGCAUCAACAGAAGCCACAACUGAGAAGGAUCCUCAUUCAUUGUGUAAAAGUGCACAGUCUUCAGAUUGCUCCACUGGUUUGAAGGUGAAGGAAUUAGCACAGAUCAUUUCAGCCAUCACAACCCAGGAGAGAGCAGCCCGACUAAAGGGGAAAGAAAGAGAGGCUGAACUUAUAGCUUCAGCUACCACUGGCCAGGAAACAGCUGACCACCCAAAGGAGAAAGACGAGGAGGACCAAAAUCUAUCACAGAAUUUGCCUGAUUCAUCUAAUGCCACCAGCCAAAUGGAUCCUGCAUCAGCAGAAGCCAGAACUGAGGAGAAUCCUAAAUCAUCGUGUGAAACUGCACAGGUCUCAGAUUGUUCCACUGGUUUGAAGGUGAAGGAAUUAGCACAGAUCAUUUCAGCCAUCACAACCCAGGAGAAAGCAGCCCGACUAAAGGGGAAAGAAAGAGAGGCUGAGCUUAUAGCUUCAGCUACCACUGGCCAGGAAACAGCUGACCACCCAAAGCAGAAAGACGAGGAGGACCAAAAUCUAUCACAGAAUUUGCCUGAUUCAUCUAAUGCCACCAGCCAAAUGGAUCCUGCAUCAGCAGAAGCCAGAACUGAGGAGAAUCCUAAAUCAUCGUGUGAAACUGCACAGGUCUCAGAUUGUUCCACUGGUUUGAAGGUGAAGGAAUUAGCACAGAUCAUUUCAGCCAUCACAACCCAGGAGAAAGCAGCCCGACUAAAGGGGAAAGAAAGAGAGGCUGAGCUUAUAGCUUCAGCUACCACUGGCCAGGAAACAGCUGACCACCCAAAGCAGAAAGACGAGGAGGACCAAAAUCUAUCACAGAAUGUGCCUGAUUCAUCUAAUGCCACCAGCCAAAUGGAUCCUGCAUCAGCAGAAGCCAGAACUGAGGAGAAUCCUAGAUCAUCGUGUGAAACUGCACAGGUCUCAGAUUGUUCCACUGGUUUGAAGGUGAAGGAACUGGCCCGGAUGUUUUCAACUACCACAGCACAGGAAACCACAGUCCGACCAAAAGGGCAACAAAGGGGGGAAAGGAAACUAUCACAGAAUUUGCCAGAUUCAACAAGUGCCAACACCCAAACGAACCCUGCAUCAGCAAAAGCCACAACUGAGGAUGAUCCUGAACCAUCUUGUGAAAGUGCACGGCUUCCAGAUUUCUCCACAGGUUUAAAGAAUGUCCCAGAAUCAACCAGUGCCACCACCCCAACGAAUGCUGCAUCAGCAAAAGCCACGACUGACGAGAAUCCGAAACCAUCUUGUGAAACUUCACAGCUCCCAGAUUUCUCCACUGGUUUGAAGGUGAAGGACUUGGCCCGGAUGUUUGCAGCCAUCACAACCCAGGAGAAAGCAGUCCGACCAAAGGGGAAAACCAAAGAGGAAAGAAAACUAUCACAGUUGAUGUAAACCUGGAUCCAACCCUUGCACACAGACACCUUGUCUCUACUGAUGGGAAGAGAGUGAAUAACAAAGAAGAUAACCGGGAAGCAUGGGAGCAACCCUGGGGCUCGACCUCUGGGAAGUCAUACCGGGAGGUUGUUGUCAUCAACAGGACUGGAUGGGAUCUGGGUGUAGCGAGAUGUGACACGAGCCACAAGAGGCAAUUAGGGUUAGAGUACGCAGCCCGGACAGCACCACCAGUUUGUCUUUCCCUGAAAGGAAAUGCACAAAAGGCAGGAGUAUUUGUGGAGUGUUCAUUCAUUCACUGAAAGAUCUACCUGAAACUGUUGAUCUUCUCAUUAUCUCAGCACCAGUACGUAUUACGUAAUUACACGGGUGUGUGCACAACAUACUUGUAGUUUCCUUAAAGUUCCGCUUCGUUAAAGGGGUCACGAGACAUUCCUUUAAAUGGUUGAAAGUGAAGCAACACAGUACCACAUGUCGAAUCUUUUGUAAAGCUCAACCUGUCCGUUAACCGUCUACUAGUGCCUUGUGAUGUGUGAACUCAACUUUCAUUUCGCUUUAAUGGUUUUGCUUGAGUUAAUGCAAAUAAGUUCACGUGUCCGCAAUUCUCCAAUCCAGAAGAAUGUUCUCCAGAAAUGAUCAUACCGGGUGCAUAAGGUUACAAGCCAGUGUAGCACCAACAUGGAUCAGAAUAUUGUGUUAUUUUUUGGUGUAUAUACAUAUAAAAUUAUAAAUAUUCUAAAAGUAUUACUUCUUGAACUAUAUUUAAUGUACAAAUGGGUAGAAUGAAAAAUAAAGUGGACACCCCAAGAAAGUCUUUUUCUGUUUAUGUGACAUGCAGUUGAAAUUUAAACGUAUCCUUCUGUUACACUCAUUUAUUGUGAAGUUAAUCAUGGACACUGUACCUACAUGUUUAAAUAAUAAACAUAUCAGAGGGGGGUGUUACUACUUUUUCCAUGUGAAUCCACGUUGGAACUCGUAGUGAACUCCAAAUGACAGCAUGUUUUUUUAAGUUGUGCUUUGGGGCAUUUAAAGGUAAACGUCAGUAUUAUUUAUCCUGAAACGAAACUGAAAGAGUUCAGGACGUGCAGAGAGAGUAAGUAAGAGAGACAGAGAGUGACAGACAGACCACAGAAGAACACCGAGCUUUGAGAGGGUAAGGUAGGCUGGAGGCCUGAUCUCUGUUCAUUAUUAGAAUUAUGAUACUUUAAAACGUUUGAUGUUAACUUGAAUUCUGAUAUGAACAAACGCAAAGAACAAGAAAACAUGACAGGUUAGAUGUUCAGUGACUCAUGUUACGUUUGCAAAACUUUAAUGCAAAUAAUAGAUAUUUAUGUGAGUUGCUUUUGUAAACUUUGUGCUACUAUUAGAGGUCAGGUUGUUAAAUGUAUUGUGAAAUAUUUCAGCUUACAGCUUCAAUCAGGUUGACUAAAUACAUGAUUGACGGUGCAAACAUUAAAUACGUGUCUGAUUAUGUAACAUAAGGAAAACAGGGCAUGUGGUGAACCACAGGUUUCAGGGUGUGCACCGAAGUGUGUAUGUUUUCAAUAGGCUGUUUGUUUGCUCUAAUGAAGGCUAUUCAAGUGCAUUUCAUUAUGAUUCUACCUGUAAGAUUAUAUGUGACAAUUAAAAUGAACAUGAACUAA